AUGAACAAUGCCUUGGUCCGGAGUCCACUCCAGGAGACGGUGAAGCGGAAGUUGGAAGGCGCCCGCUCGCCCCUCAAUGGAGACCAGCAGAACGGAGCUUGCGAUGGGAGCUUCUCCCCGACCCACAAGCGUCUGCGCAGGGAGCUGGCGGUGGGACUGGAGGCCGUCAGCUUGCCGCCGCUGCCCGCCGCGUCGCCCCUGCACCAGCUGGACCUGAAGCCGUCCCUGCCCCUGCCCAACAGCGGCGCCCACGCGCCCGUGCUGCUGGACGACCUGGGCAAGAACGGCCGGCUGCCCGACAUGAAGCUGCCCGUCAACGGCUGCGGGGAGCUGGACGAGGGCUUCCCGGGGAUGCAGGGCAAGGAGCUCAAGCAGGAGCCCCUGGAGGACCCGGCCGGCAUGGACCCGUCCGAGACGUCCCUGUCCAACCAGAACAAACUCUUCUCCGACAUCAACCUGAACGACCAGGAGUGGCAGGAGCUCAUCGACGAGCUGGCCAACACCGUCCCCGAGGACGACAUCCAGGACCUGUUCAACGAGGACUUCGAGGAGAAGAAGGAGCCCGAGUUCUCGCAGCCGGCCACCGAGACGCCGCUGUCCCAGGAGAGCCUGAGCGUGAAGAGCGACCCCACGCACUCGCCCUUUGCCCACGUCUCCCUGGCCUCGCCCCAGGCCCGGCCCGCCUCCUCCGGGCCCCCCUUCUCCGCCGGCUCCGCCGCCCCGACGUUACCCUCCGUGGCCGGCACGCCCGCGGCCCCCAACCCCGCCGGCUCCCCCGCGAACUGCGCCGUCCCGUCCCCGCAGACCCCCAACCCGGCCCACGCCCCCGGGCAGGCGCCCCCCCGGGGGCCGGGGAACGGGUACCUCCUGACCCCCGCGGCCGGGCCCGGCUCGGACCUGUCCCCGGCGGAGCAGCUCAAGCAGAUGGCCGCGCAGCAGCAGCAGAGGGUCAAGUUCCUGCACCAGAAGCAGCAGCACUCGAGCCAGAGCUCCAGCUGGUCGCCCCUGGGGCCCCCCUCCAGCCCGUACGCCGCCGCUUUCGCCGCCGCCGAGAAACCAAAUAGCCCAAUGAUGUACCCCCAAGCCUUUAACAGCCAAAACCCAAUAGUGCCUCCGAUGGCAAACAACCUGCAGAAGACAACGAUGAAUAACUACCUCCCCCCAAACCCCAUGAACAUGGUCAACCAGCCGGCUAAUAACCUGGGCGGCGCCAACUCCCUGAGCAAGCCGCACAAUAUCCUGACGUACGGCAACACCAAGCCCCUGACCCACUUCAACGCCAACCUGAAUCAGAGGAUGACGCCGCCCAUGGCCAACGCCGGCAAGAACCCCCUGAUGCCGUACAUGCAGCCGCAGCCCCAGCCAUCGCAGCCGCCGUCCCAGGCGCCGCAGCUGCAGGCCCCCAGGGCUCACCUGAGUGAGGAGCAGAAGCGCAUGCUCCUCCUGAAGCAGAAAGGCGUGAUGAACCAGCCUCUGGCGUACGCCUCCCUGCCAGCCCACGGGCAGGAGCAGCACCCCAUGGGGCUCCCCCGCACCGCCGGGCCCCUGCAGUCGUCCGUGCCCCCCGGCUCGGGCAGCCUGGGCUCAGGGGCCACGCCGGCGGGGGCCGGUUUCCUGGGCAGCCAGCCGCAGGCGGCCCUCAUGAAGCAGAUGCUCCUGGACCAGCGGGCGCAGCUGAUGGAGCAGCAGCAGUUCCUGCGCGAGCAGAGGCAGCAGCAGCAGAUCCUGGCUGAGCAGCAGCAGCCGCCGCCGCAGCUGUCCCGGCAGCACGCGCAACAGCAGCAGCGGAGCCCGUACCCUGUGGCGCAGGUCGGCCAGUUCCAAGGCUCUCCACAGGACAUGGCGGCCAGGAGUCAGGCAGCAAUGCAGACCAUGCGCCCGGCGCGGCUGAUGGCGCAGAACGCGGGCAUGAUGGCCAUGGGGCCAGCGCAGAGCCCGGGGAGCCUGGCCGGCACGGCCGCACCAUCGGACAUGGGGCUCUACAGCUCGGCGCCCAGCGGCCAGCCGGGAAUGUACAACCUGGGCACGGGCAUGGCCCCGAUGCUCCAGCACCCAAACCAAAGCGGCCUGGGCAUGGCAGCGCACGGCCCGGCCCCGGGGCCCAGGCAGCCGGGCGCGGCGCAGGGCGCGGGCCUGGUCAGCGGCUUCGGACAGAACAUGCUGGUCAACUCGGCGCUGGCCCCGGCCGCGCAGCAGCACGCGCAGAUGAAGGGGCCCGUGGGCGCAGGCCUGGCCCGGCCGCAGGCACCCACGCGACUGCCCAGCAUGAUGGGCGCGGCUGCCCAGCAGGGCGCGUCGGGCUGGCCACAGCGGAGCCUGCAGGCCAUGCCCGGCAGGACUAGCGGCGAGCUGGGCGCCUUCAACAACGGGGCCAGCUACCCACUGCCCGCCGGCCAGCCGCGGCUCGGCAAGCCGCCCUUCGCGGGCGCACUGGGCCCGGUAGUGGACGCCAGCACGGGCGCCGUGCGCACCCUCGCACCGGGGGCCGCGGGCCGCCAGAUGAUGCCCGGACUCCCCGCGCAGCCGGGCGGAGGCCAGGCGCGACCGCUGGUCCUGCCCGGCCUGAGUCAGGCCCUGCCCGCCUUCGGCCAGCCCCCGGCCCCGCAGCAACUGCCCACGGGGGGCUUCGCGGCGGCGGCAACAGGCGGCCCCACGCAGGACGCAGGCUACGGCUACGGCGGCGACGGCGCGGGGCCGCCCUUCCCCGGCCUCCCCGAUGGGCCGGACCUCGUGGACUCCAUCGUCAAGGGCGGUCCGGGGGACGAGUGGAUGCAGGAGCUGGACGAGCUGUUCGGGAACCCCUAGUGCCCGGGGGUCCCCCAGAGCGGGAAGGAG